UUUUCAGUUUGAGUUUGUCUGUCGGGCCGUUAACACAGCUCUUAUUGGGAGCUCGGAUUGUUGUUCUAAUACUGGAUUUUACAGUGGAGAGAAUAUAUGUUUCAUGUGUAUCGAGUAGAGGUAUAUCCUAACAGAAGCAGCCUAGAGAGAAUUUGUGUGGAUAUGGUGGAAAAUAGCAGCUGAGUAGUGGAGUGAGAAAAUUCUUGCACGGAGGUAGAACUCACUGCAAUAUAAAAGUAUCGAAGCGUGUUGUUUAUGGUAAAAGGAUAAUAAAAUAACUGGAUAACAGUGUUAGAGAGAGUGUUUGAAAAAUUGUCAAAAGUAAAAUACGAUCAUUUGUGCUGGAUUUCUAUAAUUUUGGAUACCAUACCCAAAUGGUGAUAUUAGAAGGUGCAGCAAUGUUGCAAGUUGGAAAUAAUCAGUACCUUCAGCCAGAUUACAUGUCACCGCUACCGACGACGCUGGAUGCUAAGAAAAGCCCACUAGCUUUGCUAGCCCAGACAUGCAGUCAAAUCGGUGCUGAUUCCGGCAACAUAACCGUGAAGUCACUAGUAUCACCGUCGGAGAAAACGAAGAAACUAUCUUCGUCCUCGGCGUCUUCUACCAACUCGAUUGAGAAUGGGCCAAAUUCAGCAAAUUCUCGUUCGCCGUCGGUGAAAACAGAAAAGUCCGAUUCGUCACCUGAAAUUAAGUUGGCGUUUAAGCCAUAUGAAAUGAAUGUGCUUACCACGAAGGUGAAGAGCGAAGAUCGUCCCUCAUCGAAAAUGAGUAGUGGAAGUGAUGUGCAAAACAAUAAUAGUGUGAGCCAUAUAAACCAUAAUGAAAUUAAGAAAGAUUUGCGCUCGUCAUCGCGCGGUAGUGCUGAAUCUCCUGGGCGCGCGGGAAGUGUACACAUGAAGAAUAAUGAAGCUAGUGAAAAUGGGAAAAGUUCACCAGAGGGUAGUAGUAGGAAAACCAGUUCACCUAGCGAUCGUGACAAAACAUCUUCCAGUCCGGUUGUGCGACCGGGCCCAGACAUGUUCCCAGGAAAAGAUAUGCAAGGGUACAAAGCCGGUUCGUAUAGCAUCAACCCAAUGACUGGAAUGCCUUCACCAUCGGGAAUCGAUCACACUAAUCCAGCGUUUCGGCCCCCAUUUGCUGGUGCAUUUAGUCAUCACCAUGCCGCUAUGUUGGCCGCUGCUUAUCCUGGAGCAGCCGCGGCAGCAGCAGCUGCUGGAGCUAAUCCAUACCUCAGUUACACUCGUGUCAAAACUCCAUCAGGUGGUGAAACGCUAGUUCCAAUUUGCAAAGAUCCAUAUUGCACCGGAUGCCAGUUCUCAGCUCAUAACCACCAGAUGAUGAUGGGUGGACAGUGUCCGGCGGGAUGUACUCAGUGUGAUCACCAAAAAUAUAGCUUGGCCAUGGCAAUGGGUACUUUGCCACCAGGAUAUCCGUACCCACCGGCGGCGACGCAACCUGGUCGUCCGUAUAUGUGCAACUGGGUUGUCGGAGAUUCGUAUUGUGGCAAACGGUUCAACACCACUGAUGAACUUUUGUCACAUUUACGUACGCACACAGCAAACUUAUCCGAUCCAGCGGCCCUGGCCCUCCAACAACAGUUGAUGCCACUGAGUGGUAUAUUUCCACCUUCAUCUUUACAUCGAGGCUACCCAAACCCUCCACUAAGUCCGCUUUCUGCAGCCAGAUAUCAUCCUUACGUCAAGCCCGGAACGCUUCCGGCUGGUCUACCUGGUUCCCCGUAUGGAGCAGCAUUUAAUCCGGCCGCUUUCGGACAGUACUACUCUCCAUAUGCUGCGGCCCUCUAUAGCCAGCGAAUGGGAGCUGCUGUUCAUCAGUAAAACAUCUAACCAAUCGGAAUGCCGUGGUGUUAUUUUCUAUAAAUCUGUGAUAUUAACCUUAUUCUAUCGCAAAAAUGGAAUAAUAAAAAUGAAACGAUACCGAUAGCAUCAGACAUUGUUUAGUUUGUUUAAGAGCAGAGCAUGUAUCGUGGCUGUAAAACUGGUUUCAAGAUUUUCAGCGAUCCAUAAGUUAUUUGAAAUGAAACAAAAAACCAAAUAGACACGUUCUUAAGACUAGUUUGACGCCAUGGUUUUCAAAUGAAACUUUCAACGUCAUACGGAUCAUAGUGCAGAGAAAAGUUAAGCUUUUGUAGCGCAUUCAGAAAGUACCGACGGCAUUUUGUUCUCUUGAGUUAGAGAUUAGGCAGUGCGAUCUUCUCCAAUAACAAAAAAGUUCCGACGUGAAGAAUGCAAAAUUUAUUUUAAGCCAUGCUUUCAAUCCAUAGUACACUUUCAUUUUGUUCUAAAUUGUUGAAAAAUUGAUAUGGAUAAAGGAUUAUGAGGAGAGAUACGUUUCAAUAAAUGUUUAGUGAAUUUUCAUUGCCAGUGUCUGCAGAAAUUCUGUACAGUCGAAACAAAGUUUUAGAGUCGAUAAAAACUAUAAAAUCUGAAGUAUCAAGCCGCUAAAAAUUUAUCAACUAUCGUAAGGUGUACGAAAAUAAAGACACGAAUAAAUAAAUGAUUUUGUAACAAAACUGCAAAAUAAUACUGAAA